CACAUCUUAUCAACAGCACACUGCUGUCGCACGUUGGCUGAGGCGUUGGGUUUUUACCAGUUCUGUUUUUUCAGUAGCUGCUUUAGUGUGACUUGAUAGAACUUUAUACAAGUUAAUUCCUUGAAGGGAAUGAACUGAAAUGGUUCAAAGUCAUUUAGAGUCCUCAGAAAUGAAGGGUGUUUGGGUGAUGAUGCUGUUCCUCCGCUGCGCUCUUUCAGAGAAGUUUGAGGUUGUGGGUCCAGAUGCUCCUGUUGUAGCUACACCUGGUUCUGAUGUUGUUCUGCCGUGUUCUGUUCGACGCUUUAAUCAUACGUCCAGUUUGAGUGCUGUGGAUAUGAACAUUAAGUGGACCAGAUCAGACCUGGGAGGCCCUCUAGUGCAUUUCUAUGGAAAUCAUAAAGACAUGAACACCAGACAGAUUCCUCAUGUCAGAGGGAGAACAGCUCUGUUUAAAGAGGAGCUACAGAACGGCAACGUCUCACUGAGACUGAGUAAAGUUAACGUUUUUGAUGAAGGACAGUACAAAUGUAGUGUUGAGUCCAGAUUCUGGUACAGUGAUUUCUCCUUUAACCUUACUGUUGAAGUUAUUGGAACACGUCCAGUGAUCACAGUGGAGAGCUAUGAUAGUAACUCUGAACAGUUCAGUUUACUGUGUGAAUCUAAAGGCUGGUGGCCUGAGCCUGAUCUUCAGUGGCUGGACAGUGAAAGAAACAUUCUGACUGCAGGAGAUACAGAGUCACACAGAGAUGCUGGGCUGUUCAUUGUGAAUCUCCACAUCACUUUACAUCGCCGUGACAUCGACACGUUCUACUGCAGA